GGUUUUAUUUUUGCGCUCUUCCUUUCCGGUUUUCAUCACUUUUUCUAUUUUAUUUAAACUUUCUUCUACCAUCUCUCUCCUUUUUUCCCAGAAAUCAAAACUAAUCCUUCCUCUUCUCUUUAGUAGUGAUUUGGUUAGUCAACCCUUGAAGCCGAAGCGAAGAAACGAGUGACAAUAAAGGCAAAAACAAAUAAAAAUCCUCAGCGCGUAUCAUAUAUUAAUCAUCCACAUUGGUCUCAUUACAUCUUUACUUAGUGAAACUGGGACGAUUCAUCAGUAGUUGAUGGGACGCAAGACAUAAAUUAGCGAGGAAUCUCAGCUGAACAGAUAUACAGAAGGAUUCAACGUUAAAUGACUGACGCACAUGGGACUCAAGUUGACCAGAAGGAAUAUGACGAUACAUAUGUAAGCAGGAUGGAUAUACUACAUGUCACGAGCGUACAGCUUUAUUCGACAGCAUGCAUCAUCGGAUUAAUCACGGCAGCAAUGAUUCUGAUCAACAAUUUGGGUGGAAGAUAUGGAUGCCAAGUAUUGGACAAAUGCAAAAAGGGCUCAUCGAUUGAUAUAAAAAAGGGAAUAUCAGGAACAUUGGGUCGAAAUUUCAGAUCAGUAUAUGGCAUAGCGAUGUUGGAUGUAGCUUACAUUACAGUUGCACCUAAUACGGCCUAUAUAUUCAACUAUGGAACCUCUCAAUGGUCAAAUCUUCCGGGUGAUACUCAAAAUACAAAUGUGCGCUAUUCGAACACAGCUACACUUGGCAAUGAUAAUCGGAUCUAUAUGAUUGGUGGUUUCGAAGAUCAACCAGGAUCCAUUUAUUCUGUCCCACGAGUCAACAUUUUACAAGUGAGAUGGUACGAUACUGUCAAUAAGAACUGGGGGACAGAUGUAGCUACAAUUGCUAACGGUAAUCCCGCAACAGUAUCACAGCGUGCCUAUCAUACGACCACUCAAAAUAAACAAAUCAUGAAUCAUGACGCUGAAUGCAAUCACGCAAGAGUGUCUGACAAGAUGAACGGACUUCUGUAUUUUUUAGGUUUUCAUGUGUUCAGAAAUUUACCAUAUGAGAACAAAGACGUGAAGCAGUAA